GUGCCACUGGAAAUUUUAUCAAUACCGCGGCAGCCAUCUAGUCUCGCUGGCAGUCGCUCGCGAAAAGUACGCGCCGAACACCGAUUGACUUAUCGGGGGGUGCCCGCUGAACGAGCCGACCGACACAAAUCGACGAGGAUUACCAGAAUAGGAAGAGCCCGAAGCGAUCGACUACAAGCAUGGCUACGGAGGGCGGUUUAGCACCGGAUGCGGCUGCAGGUGCAGGCGCGGGCACCGACGGCAUCGUCGGCGGUCCCAGGACGCCCCAGCAGAUUGCCUCGCAGAAACGGCUGCAGGCGACGCAAGCGCAAGUCGACGAGGUCGUCGACAUCAUGAAGACGAAUGUCGAGAAAGUCCUCGAGCGCGAUCAAAAGCUCUCCGAGCUCGACGAUCGAGCAGAUGCACUACAACAAGGAGCGUCACAAUUCGAACAGCAAGCAGGAAAACUGAAGAGAAAGUUUUGGCUACAAAAUCUAAAGAUGAUGAUUAUCAUGGGUGUCAUCGGACUUAUCGUACUGGCCAUUAUUGUCGUGAAAUUCAUGCCGGAAUCGCAGCCGGCUCCGCCCGCGUUUCAAUAUCCACCGGGCAUGAUGCCGCCGCCGCCGCCGGGUGCGAUACCGGGUGCGGCAGCUCCAGCGAGUGGCGCAGGGGCGGCAGGUGGUGCAGCAGGGGGUGGCGGCGGUGGCGCGCAGAAGACUCCCGGCGCCGCGCUUAUCAGCGAGCUGGACAUACGCAGUGUCGUGUAAGCGGCACGACACGGUGCUGGUAUUCGGACAGAGAAGAAUAUAAGGAAGAACGCGAAGAGAUCGACCCUGACGACGACGACGCGACGCCUCCAUCCGCAAAAGUAACUGGUCGAUAUAUUCGCUUCGAGAUUCAAUCUUCGGAUUGUCACCGGUAUUGGAGGUUUCGACGGAAAAAUAUAAUAUCUAAUAACUCUACAUAAGACAUAAGAUUUUUGUAGCAACAUCUGCAAAUGAUUUUAGAAAUUACGAUCUUGCAUUGCUCGCGCUCGAAACCUUUCGAUUACCGCAAUUACUUUAAUGUUAUUUUUCUCUGUUAACGAUGUUGUGUUAGAUAUUGAUAAUUUUAAUAUUUUAUCAAUAAUUAUUGUGCAAUUUUCUGUGAACGUACAAGAUUUUGGUGCACAGUGCCUCACGUAUUUUCACUCAAUUCUGUUGCAUCUUUUACUCUCGAGAUUUUGUAGUUUUAGAUUUUUAAUUUUAAGAUUAGAUUUUUUUUAGAUUUAAGUGGAAGCGACAUAUCGACCAGUUUAUUCGUCGUUCGAGAAAAAAAAAAGAACGAUGUAGAAUCUAAGUCAUUAGGAAAUCUGCGGAAGCUUUAUUUUCGAUGAGAGUACACGAGAGGCUCCCAAAAUUCGAGCCGAAAUCCGCUCAGCUAACCACUAUGAAAAGCUAGCAAACAAACGAAAUAUCGUUCGGAAAGUACGCGAACACGCGUAUCGACAUUAUCAUGUAUAUGUACAUACAUUAUUACGAAUUGUCAAAGUAAGAUUAAAUUCAUGUGUACGUAUAUAUAAAUACAUAAAUUAUAUAUUCAUAUAAAUAUCGAAUCAAAACACAGAGGGAAGGUAAUAAUAGGAAGAAUUAUAAAUAGCAAUUGAAAGAUCGAUUAUUCAAAAUCCGAGAAAAAUGCGUAAUUAUAUGCGUCAUGUACAGGGUGUUCCAUGUAAGUGAUUUUUUUUCAUGCUUGCCUGUGCAUUCGCGAAACAUUAUCUCCGAUAAUAUGAUUUUUAUGGAACAUGCAAAACAAACUUAAUUUUCACUCUUGCGUUAAAUCAGUCAAUUUUAUCAGUCAUGAUGCGAUUAUGUCAAUCGCCAUGAUAGCAAAAAUUAUACUCAAUGUGAUUUUGCAGCAAACGAGUGAUUCCAUAAGCAUUUCUUUACACAAUUUAAUUGUUAAUAGUACUAUGUCAAACUAUUGGAGAUAUAUUGUUUCCCGUGAUAGUCUUUACUUCCAAGUAUUAUCCGAGGACACUUUAUAUAAUACUUAUAAAAGAAUGCUUCUUUAAAUUGACAAAAAAUUAGCUUGUAAAUGUACCAUAGAAGAUGAUCGAGUUGUAAGAAAAAGAAAUAUAUUGAUUCCUACAUUUUUGAAAGUUUGUUUUAACGUAGAGAUCGAACGAUAACUUCGUGUGAUAAUAAAUUCAAAUUUCCGAAGUUGAAUUCUCUGAUAACGUUAGCGUGUAAUUUAGCAAUGUUAUAUAUAUGUUAUAAAUAUAUAUUAGUGAAUUAGAUAAUUUAUUUUAUUUAAACGAGAAAAAAAAUAUCCCCGCAUUAAAUUGAUUGGUACAAUUUAUUAUUUUCUUGUCAAGUGUUCACCUUUGCCUACGUGAAAGUUUCGGCUGACAACGCGUACUUAAGACAGAUUCAAAACUAGUUGCUGUUACUUGAGGAAAAAGAAAAAUUAAUAUAUUGUCUACUUAAUAAAACACUGUAUUGCUAUUUUCACUCAAUAAUUAGAGUCAUAAUUGUGAUUAUCGAAUUAAAAUAGUAACACAGCUAAUUCGAUAAACUGUCUAUACAUCAAUAAUAAUAAUAAUAAAGAAUUAAACAAUAGAUUUGUAAGUAUAGCCUCUCUAGGAAAGCGCUUUGACACUUAGGCUGUUGAUACGAAUAACGGAGUUAAUUGCAAUAUUCUUUCAGCUGUAUAUCUCACCGAAAAAAACGACAGACCUUAUAUAAUAAAAAUACUAUAUUAUAGAUAUAUUACUGUAUAUUAGGAUUAAAUAAAUAAUGUUG